GAGCAUCUUCCAAAAACGAUCUCAGAAAUAAUGCUUGGAAGCUUUGACACCAUCACCCCGACUUUGGAGUGGUUCUUGAUCUACAUGACCCACCACCAGGACGUCCAGAAGCGAUGCAGACAGGAGAUUCACACGUUUUUGGCGAAUGACAGUCUCGAUGUGUUAGGCAUAUCACAGCUGGCCUACACAUGGUCCACCAUCAUGGAAGUACAGAGACACGCAAACAUAGGUAGUUUUGUACAAACAAUGUACAUUGUCAUUUUUUUGAAAAUGUGUUUCUAGGAUUACAAGUGAAUUAUUUGUUGACUGAUGGGAUUUUGGGGUAUGAGAGAGUUGCAUUGGCUGCUGGUCCGUACUCGCAUAGAGUACAAGAUCGCAACUUUGUGCUACCGCUCCUUACAUGAUCUUGCGCCGUCCUAUCUGAAACAGCUGCUGACGCCUUAUGUACCCACUAGAGAGCUCCGCUCAUCCGAUAGUGGCAAACUCUCGACACCACGUGUUUGCCUUGAGACUUAUGGAAAGCGCACUUUCGCAUUUGCUGGUCCAACAAUUUGGAACGCCCUUCCUGUCGAUCUCAGAAACAACCAGACACUGGAGUCCUUUAAAACCGAUUUAAAGACACAUCUAUUUCGCAAACACCUUCCGGGAUGAUUGUCUACCUUAUUUUCCAGUUAAUGCAUAAUGGCUGUGUUGCUUAUGGUUGAAAUGGCUAUAAAGACUUUGACAUUGUAUGCUUCUAAUUAGUUUUUGUAGUGUUGCAUUUGUUUUAAAUGUGGUAAAUUAUAGAUUUUUUUUUACUCUUGUACCGCGCUUCGAGUCUUUGGGGAUGAAGCGUGUUUUUGAAAUACACUAUUUUUAUUAUUAUUAUUAUUAUUAUUAUUAUUACAAGGAUUUGGGGUAUUUGGAUUGUACAUGACAUUAUGAAAAAAAUGCUGAAUUAUAAACGGUUGGUUUAAGAAAAUGUUCAUUGAUUUAGUGUCUGGUGGAUAGGUGUGUUGAGAUUAGCGCCCUUGCUUAAAUUUUAAAACUUCUUUUGAUGAACUAAUUUCAGACGAAAAUACGAAAACUUUUCCCAACAAAGUGAUUGAGUUAUAUUUUAUAUACAUUGCUAUUUAAAUACAUUUCUUGAUAUUUUCUAAAGUCCCCAUGCCCCCCUGCCACACGUCUGACAAGGACACACACAUCAACGGUUACUUCAUCCCCAAGAACACGGCCAUCAUG